CGGGGGGGAAGAUGCCGCUGGCGCAGCUGGCGGACCCGUGGCAGAAGAUGGCUGUGGAGAGCCCGUCCGACAGCGCUGAGGAUUAUAUCUUUAUCCUUGAAAUUUAAAAACAUUUGCCAGGACAUGUCUUGGUGUUGAUGAUCUCUGUUGAACCUUCUCAGUCUCCAGUCUCAGUAUAAUGAGUAUGAUGAAUAUCACUGUACAUAAGUCUUUAUGCACAUCUCUGAUAUUUCCUUAGGAUAAAUGAGGAGCUGAUUCUUAAUCCUGUCACAUUGAAUGGACAGCAAAUUAUGGAUGAACCUAUGGGAGAGGAGGAGAUUAAUCCACAAACUGAAGAAGGCAGUAUCAAAGAAAUUGCAAUCACACAUCAUGUAAAGGAAGGACAUGAAAAGGCAGAUCCUUCCCAAUUUGAACUUUUAAAAGUAUUAGGGCAGGGAUCAUUUGGAAAGGUUUUCUUAGUCAAAAAAAUCUCAGGCUCUGAUGCUAGACAGCUUUACGCCAUGAAAGUAUUGAAGAAGGCCACAUUGAAAGUUCGAGACCGUGUUCGGACAAAAAUGGAGCGUGAUAUCUUGGUAGAAGUUAACCAUCCUUUUAUUGUCAAGUUGCAUUAUGCUUUUCAAACUGAAGGGAAGUUGUAUCUUAUAUUGGACUUUCUCAGGGGAGGAGAUUUGUUUACACGCUUAUCCAAAGAGGUCAUGUUCACAGAAGAAGAUGUCAAAUUCUACUUGGCUGAACUUGCGCUUGCUUUAGACCAUCUACAUAGCCUGGGAAUAAUCUAUAGAGACUUAAAACCAGAAAACAUACUUCUUGAUGAAGAAGGUCACAUCAAGUUAACAGAUUUUGGCCUAAGUAAAGAGUCUAUUGACCAUGAAAAGAAAGCGUAUUCUUUUUGUGGAACUGUGGAAUACAUGGCUCCAGAAGUAGUUAAUCGUCGAGGUCAUACUCAGAGUGCGGACUGGUGGUCUUUCGGUGUGUUAAUGUUUGAGAUGCUCACUGGUACACUACCUUUCCAGGGAAAAGAUCGAAAAGAAACAAUGACUAUGAUUCUUAAAGCCAAACUUGGGAUGCCACAGUUUUUGAGUCCUGAAGCCCAGAGUCUUCUACGAAUGCUUUUCAAACGAAAUCCUGCAAACAGAUUAGGCGCAGGACCAGAUGGAGUUGAAGAAAUUAAAAGACAUUCAUUUUUCUCAACAAUAGACUGGAAUAAACUGUAUAGAAGAGAAAUUCAUCCACCUUUUAAACCUGCAACUGGCAGGCCUGAAGAUACUUUCUAUUUUGAUCCUGAGUUUACUGCAAAAACUCCCAAAGAUUCACCUGGCAUUCCACCUAGUGCUAAUGCACAUCAGCUUUUUCGGGGGUUUAGUUUUGUUGCUAUUACCUCAGAUGAUGAAAGCCAAGCUAUGCAGACAGUUGGUGUGCAUUCAAUUGUUCAGCAGUUACACAGGAACAGUAUUCAGUUUACUGAUGGAUAUGAAGUAAAAGAAGAUAUUGGGGUUGGCUCCUACUCCGUUUGCAAGAGAUGUAUACAUAAAGCCACAAACAUGGAGUUUGCAGUGAAGAUUAUUGAUAAAAGCAAGAGAGACCCUACAGAAGAAAUUGAAAUUCUUCUUCGUUAUGGACAACAUCCAAACAUUAUUACUCUAAAGGAUGUAUAUGAUGAUGGAAAAUAUGUGUAUGUAGUGACAGAACUUAUGAAAGGGGGUGAAUUGCUGGAUAAAAUUCUUAGACAGAAAUUUUUCUCUGAACGAGAGGCCAGUGCUGUCCUGUUUACUAUAACCAAAACUGUUGAAUAUCUUCACGCACAAGGGGUGGUUCACAGAGACUUGAAACCUAGCAACAUUCUUUAUGUGGAUGAAUCUGGCAAUCCAGAAUCUAUUCGAAUUUGUGAUUUUGGCUUUGCCAAACAGCUAAGAGCAGAAAAUGGACUUCUCAUGACUCCUUGUUAUACUGCAAAUUUUGUUGCACCAGAGGUUUUAAAACGACAAGGCUAUGAUGCUGCUUGUGAUAUAUGGAGUCUUGGUGUCCUCCUCUAUACAAUGCUCACUGGUUACACUCCAUUUGCAAAUGGCCCUGAUGAUACACCAGAGGAAAUACUGGCACGGAUAGGAAGUGGAAAAUUCUCACUCAGUGGUGGCUACUGGAAUUCUGUUUCAGACACAGCAAAGGACCUGGUGUCAAAGAUGCUUCAUGUGGACCCUCAUCAGAGACUGACUGCUGCCCUUGUGCUCAGACAUCCUUGGAUCGUCCACUGGGACCAACUGCCGCAAUACCAACUAAACAGACAGGACGCACCGCAUCUAGUCAAGGGUGCCAUGGCAGCUACAUACUCUGCUUUAAACCGUAAUCAGUCACCAGUUUUGGAACCAGUAGGCCGCUCUACUCUUGCUCAGCGGAGAGGUAUUAAAAAAAUCACCUCUACAGCCCUGUGAAGUGACCUCAGUGAGAUAUUUGGUACCAUGGUGUAAGCUGAUAGCACAAGUUCUGGCGACAGGUAGCACACACCUGAGAGACACCUGUAAGCACACACUGUCCCAGCUGGUACCCACAAUGCUGCUGCUCCUGCUGCUGCUCCCGCUUCCGUCUCUUCUCGCUUUAGAUGAUUGUUAGCAAGUUAGAUUUUCCUGGAGCUUCGGAUGAAUUGCAAAUGGAAACAUGAUGAGGAUAUAUUCACUGAAUCAACAAGAAGAAUAAUGAACAUAUGAAUACCACCUAAAAAUACACUGAAUAAAGUACUCUACACCACAUAGCAUUAUUUUUAUAGAAAAUAUUUCAUGUCCCUUAAAUAUUCUUUGUUAGUUAUAGGGAUGGACAGUUUAUGUUAAGCACUUAGCUUAAACAAUCCGUUUAUAUUAGCACUGUAUCCCUUGUGCCAUCCAACAUUUUGUAUGUUUUUGUAAACAGUUCAUAUACAGUACAUUUCUGUACUGCUUUCUUUAAUGUAUACAUGCCUUGUUUAACUUGGAAUCUAUUAUUAAUCAAUUGACUAUUAAAUCUGGUUAAAUAGUUCACCUGGAUUAACAGUAUUGUUGGACAGCCCUAAAAAUGGCCAGAUUGUAGAACAGCCGUUGAAUGUAAUACUUCCAAAAUGUACAUAUCUCUCCCCAUGUCUGUUUCACUGGUUCGUUCAUUUGUUUCUUAAAGUCAGGUGCUCUGUCAGGCUAACCUAGAGAGCUGUUAUGGUAAAGAAAGUUAUCAUAUGUGUGUGGUAUGACAUCAAGAGUACACCUGUGAAGUUAGUCCAUAUACUUUGCAACUCCUUAGGGUCUUUUUUCCUUAAUUAAGGAAGUAGUCCUUGCACUUUUAAUCUUAAAUAGUAUCCAUUCUUAGUAGUUGACAUAAAUUUGGGAUUUUUCCCAAUAUACAUCAAAGGCCUUUAAGAGGCAUGGUGAAGAGAUUGGUGAAGGAAAAUUUAGCAACAGGUCAUUGAAGUCCCAUUGAAUAUUUCAUGUUUAAAUAGAUCAAAUUGCAGAAUUUAGCAUAUGAAUAACAGGAUACCUGUUCUUGUAUACCUGCAGGAAAAGUAUGCUUUUUGGGGGAAAAUAAAUCAUAAUGAAUUCUAUCCCAUUAAGAUGCUCUAUAUUAAACACUAAUUUGAAUGUAAUAAAGGCCACAGGCCUCUCUAUGAAAUUGGAUUUAAACUUUCUUAUUCUAGGGAAUAAAACAUUCUUGAUCAAACAAUCAUAGCUGAGGUAGGCUAAGUGAAUGUUCGGCAUUGAGUGUUUUCUGAAUUCCUCCUGACGAUUUAUAGCCAUAUAAUGCUUUCUUUUCUUUUUUUUUAAAUUUUUAUUGGAGUAUAGUUGAUUUACAGUGUUGUCUUAGUUUCAUAUAAUGCUUUCUUUAACUUCAGAAAUGAUCAGUUUUCAUAAUGGUCACUGGAUCUGCUUAGAUUAGAGUAUUCAUUAUCUACAUCUAAUUUGUUAGUUUCCACAAUAUCAUUAAAGAAACUUCUGCAUCCAUUACUACCUGUAUCUUUGCCAAGCUACCUAGCAUACAUCAGUAUGUAAUAUGAAAAACAUAUGAGCAAGGAAAAGGUGAUUUAACUUAUCUCAUCAAGAUUGUGCCUGAACAGAUCUUUCCUAGUCAUGUACUAAGCCAUUUACAUCAGAAAUCUUUUUUCCUGCCAGAAGCUUUAAAUCUUCCCCUGAGAGUACAAAGCCAAGAAAGCAUGGUUUAUCUAAAUAUCUUGGAAGCCACUUGUUAUUCCUUAAUUUCUCCUCUGUGCAAUUAAAGGAAAAGAGAAAAUCUAUCAUGCCUUUUGCCCAAGUGACACAAAAUGAUUAUUGCACAGAAAGCAAAUAUAAGUUUAUCUUCUAAAUAAAAAAUGUAUAGGAGGAGGGAUUUCAGAAGAUCUAGAUGGAGAAAGUUUUUAAAUAUUCUUGAGUAUAUGGAUGCUAAUUAUUAACAGCUGCUUCCAGUGCCUGGAAAGAAAGCUUUGUUUUUCUUUCUCCUCUAUUAAGUGUUCCCAACCAUCCAUGGUCAUCCCAAAUUCUUGUCACUUUUAAAAUGUUAAUGUAACUCUAGGCAGAAAAAAGAUAACAUUUUUCAGAUUUUUGACACUAACACUAUUCCAUAAGUGCUUAGGUGUAUUGCCCAUCAUCGUCUUUUAGAACCAGAAGUAAAUGUGUAAAUGCUUUAAAAUUAUCUAGUCCAACUUUCUCAUAUUGCAGGUAAAGAACCUGAGACCCAAAGCAAAGACUAGAAUCCUUAACUUCCCUUUCAGUUUUUUUCCCUCAUAACACCGUGCUGCCUUCCCCUCGUAUUAUCACUCGACCACAAACUGAGCUGUUCAAAAACUAUAUAUUUCUUGGGGCAGUCCUCUACUGGUAUAUGAAUGCCUUCUUUGCCUAGUACAGCUGCCAGUUUUAUUGGAGAAAAGCAAGUUAUAUGUUCACAAAACUGAAGGCUUUCUGCCUAAAAAGCAGUUCAUGAGUAUAAUUUAUUUCAUCUGUGAUUCUGGUGUUCCUAUUGCCUUUGACAGAGCAGACAAACUGGGCCAACAAUGUGCUCUAAAUGUAACGCUUGUGCUGGGAUAACCUUUUCAUUAAUUUCUCCAAGUCCAGUUCCUCCUGGCCCCUAUAGUUGUGGUAGUGAGGCAAUUUCCCAGUUAGUGCUGCUGGUUACCAGGGCUUCUCCCAGGAGGUCUUAUUUCAAUCUGAAAGAUAUUUCAAUAUGAAAGAAGGAACUAAACUAUCAGGCCACUUUUACAAACCUCCUCUUAGCUUAUAAUCCAAAAUAAUAUCCAGAAUGGUAGACUUAACAUUACCAAGCAUAUACUGGAAAAUAUGGAUUACACUACCAUGUGUUUUCUAUCUUCCCUUUCAAGUGAUGAUGCUAAAUUAAGGUAAGUUUUUUGUCCUUUUAACCUGUCGUAUAAGUAAGUCAUUUCAGCUCCUAAUUUAUAGAUAUGUCUUCUUUCUAAGUACAAUAGACCCUUCACUUUAACAGAUUUGAUAUGGAUUCAUUUAUUCACAAGCAACCCCAAAAGUCCAAAAAUAUAAUAAUUUUGACAGGGCACAGAAUCAAGAUGCUGUGAGGCUGGAGACUGACGUGUGGGAAAAGUCACUUAGUGAGUAUCUGGAGAGGGUGUGGUGUGUAUGCAGUAGAGAUUCUACAUUUCACACACACUGGGCUGCAAAGAGCAGGUUCAGGCCAACCAUUUCCCAUCUAUUUUUAAGAAGUGGUUGCUGUUGGGACCAGGGGACAUCAUGGGAGGUGGGGCUAGCCUGUUAGCUGUGCCCUGUACCCUCAGCCCAGGAAAGGUUUCAUGAAUGGGCAGCAUGGGUUGGGUAAGAAAGAGGCUGGGGUACGUCCAGCCUCAGGUGAGAGCAGAAAAGCAUUCAAGAUUUGGGGGCUUGGUAUAGAUGUGCAUCACCAUGAAAGUCAGCAAUACACAUUUCAACAUGGCUUUGAUUUUCUCUACUUCCUGGCCUUUACAAAUGAGCUAAAAUUUUUCAGGCUGCUUUACUAUUGAGAGAAUUCUCUCUUAUGGUGGUAUCCAGCAUUUGAGAUUUAUGAAGGCAUUAGGACAGAUAUCUCAGGAAUGUAAAUGGUCAGAAAAGGUCUGCUUUCUGUGACUAACAAAUAUGAUGGGUUCCAUGGCUGACCUUGGUGCUUAAACCAGGAGGUUUCAAUCCAGUCCUAGAGUUCUGUCCUUCCGAAAGAUCCAACUCCACGUGACUAACAAACUGGAUGUAUACUUUGAGCCUUAUUUAAUUCACAGAUAAGUUGACUUAACUCAGCAUUUUUAUUUCAAUUAAUGAAAACAGUCCUCUUUUCACCUCCAGAUUGCUUACAUUUUGCUGGUCUCCCCAAGUGACCAUUGGUGGAGACCAGUUAAUGAAGGAAUGAAACUCGCUUUCUUGGGAGUGUGGUAUUCUGCAGAGCCACGCUUAACCACUUUUUCUAGUGAAGAA